AUGCCUCCCCUCCCCUCCCUACCCCUCAAUCUGCGCCCCCAAAAACUUCUCCAAACCCUCCUCAUCAGCAUUCUCUACCUUCUCACCAUAAUACUCACCCUCUUCAGCGUCCUCGUCAUCGCCUCCACCUGGACUUUUUUCAUGCUAGAUUAUAGUUUUGAGAACCUUUCCGUGACGGUACUUUCUGGGAUUGCGGAGGUUGUGUUGGUUAGUUUUUUUUUGAUCUUCUUCUUCUUCUUCUUUCUCAUCACUUUCUUCCUUCCUUCCUUUCUCCUUUCCUGUUCCAUGAGCACAGCUGAUAGGUUAUGCGAUUUUGUGGGGUUGGAGAUGACGGAUGAGGGGUUUUAUUAUUUUGGGAGGGAGGAGGAGGAGGAGGAAUGGUGA